AUGCUGACGGCGGCCAAGGGAGCCCCGCCAGCGGCGGCCAAGGGAGCCCCUCCAGCGGCGGCCAAGGGAGCCCCUCCAGCGGCGGCCAAGGGAGCCCCUCCAGCGGCGGCCAAGGGAGCCCCUCCAGCGGCGGCCAAGGGAGCCCCGCCAGCGGCGGCCAAGGGAGCCCCGCCAGCGGCGGCCAAGGGAGCCCCGCCAGCGGCGGCCAACGGCGGCCAAGGGAGCCCCGCCAGCGGCGGCCAAGGGAGCCCCGCCAGCGGCGGCCAAGGGAGCCCCGCCAGCGGCGGCCAAGGGAGCCCCGCCAGCGGCGGCCAAGGGAGCCCCGCCAGCGGCGGCCAAGGGAGCCUCGCCAGCGGCGGCCAAGGGAGCCUCGCCAGCGGCGGCCAAGGGAGCCUCGCCAGCGGCGGCCAAGGGAGCCUCGCCAGCGGCGGCCAAGGGAGCCUCGCCAGCGGCGGCCAAGGGAGCCCCGCCAGCGGCGGCCAAGGGAGCCCCGCCAGCGGCGGCCAAGGGAGCCUCGCCAGCGGCGGCCAAGGGAGCCUCUGGCCUUCUGGUGAAGCCCAGAGUCCUAAUUUACCGGCACACAAACACACAUUGCCUGCAUAUAUUACGCUGAAUAAAAACACAGUGUUUAUUGAGGCCAUAUCUUGGAUAGAACUGAUAUUAACUCGGUGUAUAAGCUCUCAUCCCUUCAAUGCAUCAUCAUCAUACGACGCUGAGUUUGACGUUGAAACAAGUAUUGAUUCAGACACGUCAGACGUAAAUGCCAAAGCUUAUAUUUUCGCCAAUGAAGACGACGUCGUAGACAUCACAAUGCAGACGGCGGCGUCAGAGAAUCCGUUAAAGACGUCUAAAUAA